UUCCAAGGCUUGUGGCAAUCAAAAGAUGCAACUCGACGACCUUGGCCGCCUCCUCGACGACUCGCUCUCGGCCGACGCCGGUCGGCGCCAGGCCGCGGAGGCCAUCCUCACGCAGUCCUUUACGACAUCCGGCUUUGCGCUGCUUCUGACGCAGAGCCUCCAGCUGUCGAUGCCAUUGCCGCUCGCGCACCUCGCGUCGCUCUUGCUCAAGAAGGUCGUCGUGGCCCAUUGGGAAGUGGACGAGAGCAACGGGUAUGUGAUUGGCGACGAGGAGAAGACGUCGAUCCGUGCGACGCUCGUCCAUGGCCUUUCGCAGCUCUUGCAGGGCGCGGCGCCGGCGCAUGCGGCCGACUCCAAGUUUCAGACCGCGCUCUGCCUCGUGCUCGCCGAAGUCGUCAAGCACGACUGGCCCGAGAAGUGGCCCGACCUCUUCCCGGUCAUCCUCCAGCUGCUCUCGAAUACCGAGCACGAAGGCCACGUGCAGUUUGCGAUCAAGUUUUUCUCGUGCGCGAUCGACCACGUCGCCAGCGAACACUUUGUCGCGCUCAUUCCGCUCCUCUUCCCGCAUCUCGAGCGCCUCUUCAUGGCGGAUCCGUCGCCGUCGCGGCUCCGCGCCCGCGUCAUUGCGAUCGUGCAGACGUGCUUGACGAUGAUUGGCGUCCUCGCCCACGCCGGCGACGCGGCGGCGGGUCAGGUCCUCCACGCGAACGUCACGCCGUGGAUCGGCCGCUUCGUUGCGCUGCUCACGCCCGAGCACGAAGCGCUGCAUCUGUACGUCUUGCGCGCGCUCGCCGUCUUUGUCGCCGAGUGGCCCAAGGACAUGAGCAGCCUCGUUCCCGACAUCCUUCCGCCGGUCUGGCAAGUGCUCGUGGCCGGCGUGCCGGCCUACGAGACGCAGGUCGUGCUCGCGACCGACGACGCCGACAACAACGGCUACGACAGUGACGACGGCGCGUCGAUCGGUCGCGCGGCGACGGUGGUCCAGCUCUUUGAGUUUGUACGGUCGCUCGUCCAAGCGCCGACGAAGAAGACCAAGGCGCUCGUGCUCACGGCCAUGCAGCCGCUCGUGCUGCACAUGGUCUCGUACAUGCAGAUCACCGCGAGCCAGAUGGAGCUCUGGGAAGACGACCCGAACAAGUACAUUGCCGACGAAGACGACGAGAGCAUGGAGUACAACGUGCGCAACUCGGGCGUCGACUUGCUCCACGAGCUCGAGACCGCGCUCGGCAGCAACAUGCUCGCGACGACAAUCCACGCCGCGCAGACGCGCCUCGCAGACGCGACGAGCUCGUGGCGCGUGCACGAAGCCGCGCUGCUUGUGAUGGGCACGCUCGCCAAGCCGCUCAUGAAAACGAGCGAGACGACCAAGGCGCUCGACAUUGCAGCGUUCCUCGAGACGCUCUUCCGUGUGCUGCAAGCGCCCGAGACAAAUGUCUACUUGAAGGCGCGUGCGCUCUGGUGUGCGAGCCGGUUUGCCAAGACGAUGAACGAAGCGCAGCUCCAGGCGUUCUUGGACGUGGCCGUGUCGGGCCUUGACGUGCACCAAGUGCUGCCCGUCAAGCUCUACGCGUGCCGUGCGAUCGGGCUCCUCCUCUUCCAUGAUCAAGCGGAUACGCUCGUGCAGCCAAUGGCCGCCAACAUCCUCGACCGUCUCAUGGGUCUCUGCGCAUCGGCCACGACCGAGACCAUCCACGUUGUCUUGGAGACCAUGGCCAGCAUCGUGCACGCAGUGGACGCGCCCCACGUUGCGCCGAUCGCACUGCCCUUUGUGCAGUUUGUGCUCUCGCUCUGGCAGCAGCGCGUCGACGACCGCAUGGUGCACGACAUGACGAUUUCAAUCCUCGCGGCCUUUCUCGGAUUUGAAGCCGAGGCGUCGACGCAGCUCGUGGUCGAGGGCGUCGUCGCCACGUAUCGUCCGCUUCUGCACACGCUCCACGUGAGCCAAGCGAUCGAGCUGCUCGAGAUGGUUCUCAAGCACGCACUGCCGCACGCGACGCCUUCGCUGAAAAGCUCGCUCGUCCGCGCGGUCCUGGACCCGCUUCUCGGGCUUUUGCUGAGUACGGACGACGGGUCGGUGCUGCAGGUCGGCGGCGACUGCCUCAAGUGGUGUGUCAUGCAUGCGGCGAGCGACGUGCAGUCGACGCCCGUCACGGGCAUGGCCAACGGCGUCGAAGGCGUCAUGCAGGUCGCGGCCAAGCUUCUGUCGCCGGCCGUCUCGGAUGCCGUCGCCAUCAACGUCGGCGGUCUCGUGAGCCAAGUGCUCUUGCAUCUCGCGAGCGUGCUCCCGGUGGAGACGGUGCAGUCGCUUCUCCUCGCAGUCUCGCAGCGCCUCGCGGCGGCCAACAUGCCGUCGCUUAUCCAGUCGCUCUGCCUUGUCUACGCCCGUCUCAUCCACUCGCACGGCGCGUCGGUGAUUCUCGAUGCACUCGCCGCGCUGCCGGCGCCGGCAACUGGUCCGGGCCCGACCAUGCUUGAGUUUGUUUGCGCAACGUGGGUCCAGCACCAAGCCGAGUUUUACGGCCAGUAUGCGCUCAAGGUCACGGUGCUCGCGCUCCUCAAGAUCGUCGAGGCCAACGACGUGCGUGUGGCCAACCUCCUCGUCCUCGGCGACCCGGUCGUCGAUAUGAAGGCCAAGCGCACGCUUCGGUCGUCUAAAAAGACGCAAGAAUUUACGCGUGUACCGUUUUCCACCAAGGUCCUCGGCGUCUUGGCGCAGACGUACAUCCUCGUCGCAAUGGACGCCGAAGACGACGAGGACGCGCUCGGCGACGGCGCUGGCUGGUCCGACUCGGAGGACGACGACGAAGACGAUGCGCUGUAUAACCAGGCGCAGAUCUCGUCGACGUUUGCUCCGAGCGACAAGUACCAGCUGCUCUCCGAGAUGCUUGAAGACCAAGGCGGCUUUGGCGACGACGAGGGCGAGCCGGACGACGACGCGCUCGAGGCGGCCAUGGAUCCGCUCAACGAGAUUGAUCUCAAGAACCACAUUGCGCAAGUCGUGCGCACCUACAGCGCGACAGCCAACUUUAACGCGAUCGCGUCGACCUUGUCGCCGACGGAGCAGGACAUUCUCAAGGACAUUUUGCAAAGCUAAGCGCUCGACUUCCAACGCGACGACUCGGAGACGACUUGAAUAUAGUCUUGUAGUCUCG